CAAAAUGAAGGUGAUUUCUUCAGUUAUUCUACUUGCUGCAUCAUUUUGCUGUCAAGAAGCAGCAAUAGUGUCUCAACAACAUAAAAGAGUGGAACGAACAUGUGGAUAUGAUGGUUGCCCAAAACCAAAGUCAGACAUGUUAAAUGUGCACAUCGUGCCGCAUACACAUGAUGAUGCUGGCUGGCGAAGAACGGUCGAUCAAUAUUUCUAUGGUACGAAAAUGAAGCUUCACAAAGCGAGCGUUCGAACUAUUCUGGAUUCGGUUAUUAAGACACUGCUCAGUGAUCCCGAGAAGCGAUUCAUUUACGUCGAAUCGGUAUACUUUUUCAAAUGGUGGAAUCUGCAAACGGACGAAUUGAAAUCGCAAGUCAAACAACUGGUAAAUGAAGGACGAUUGGAGUUUGUGGGAGGUUCUUGGACUAUGAACGACGGAGCAGUGGCGCAUUAUCAAAGCAUAAUUGAUCAAUUCACAUUGGGAUUGGGGAAGUUGAAUGACACUUUUGGAGAAUGUGGCCGACCGAAAAUUGCGUGGCAAAUCGACCCAUUUAGCCAUUCAAGAGAAUUUGCAUUUCUAGUCACACAAAUGGGGUACGAUGGAUUUUUCAUAGGUCGAAUCGAUUACGAAGACAAAAUCAAUCGAAUCAAGAAUCGUAACUUGGAAAUGGUUUGGCAUACAGGUGCAAACGCUGACAUAUUCACUGGUGUUUUAUAUAAUUUAUACCACCCACCGCCAGGAUUCUGUUUCGACGUUUUGUGCGAUGAUGAUUUGAUUGUUGAUGACAUAAACACCCCUGAAUACAAUUUGGACAAAAAGUUGGAGGCUUUUUUCGAAUUCAUUGAAAAACAAUCGAGUGUUAUGCGUACGAACAACAUUAUUCUCACAAUGGGCCGUGAUUUUACGUACAUGAAUGCGGACUAUUACUUUUCAAAUUUAGAUCGAUUGAUCAAACAUAUCGAUAAGCGUCAACGCAACGGAUUGAAAGUGAAUGCAUUCUAUUCAACUCCAUCGUGUUAUUUGAAGGCAUUGCACGAUCAAACGGGUAUCACAUGGCCAACGAAAAACGACGACUUUGUUCCGACCGCUUCGACUCCCCACGAAUAUUGGACUGGCUAUUUCUCAUCACGACCAACUCUAAAGCGCUUUGAACGAGUCAGCAAUCAAUAUUUGCAGAUAUGCAAACAACUAACAGUUUUGACAAAGAACAAAGUCUCAAAUUCUCAGAAAAACAUUGAUCAUUUGCGAGAAGCGAUGGGAAUAAUACAGCAUCACGAUGCAACAUCAGGCGCCGUAAGGCCAUACAUUGUGAAUGAUUAUGCGCGAUUGUUACAAAUUGGAAUCGAUAAAUGCAGUGAGAAUAUCGAAGAAUCGUUAAAUCAAUUGAUCAUUGACAACGGUAACAAUUCAGGAAUAUCUCGACAUGAGGGUGUUGGAUUGGAUUUUAAAAGCUGUGCCGAUUUGAACAUCAGUUCAUGUGAAAUCUCUGAGAAUAGUCACAGAUUUAUGGUGACACUUUAUAAUCCAUUAGGUCAUUCAACACAUCAAUAUGUUCGAAUUCCGGUUCGGAAUGGCAAAUUUGAAGUGUUUGACCAUAAAAAUGGGUCGAUGACUUAUGUAUUGGUACCUAUCCCAAGUGAUGUUCGAAGAUUAUCAAAUCGAGAAAAUGACACUGUGUUUGAAUUAGUCUUUUUUGCGACCGAUCUACCGCCCCUUGGAUAUAAAUCGUAUUUUUUGGAAAGAAAAUCCAAUCUGGCAACUGUUAAAAGUGAAGUUCCUGCAAAAAUUCAAGAUGAAUUUAUAACAACUGAUGCAAAUGGACCAUUCACGAUUGGAAAUCAGUACCUAAACUUGACAUUCGACGUAAAUGGUCUUCUCGAAUCAGCUGCAACUGAAGAGGUUCAAAUGAAAGUACGUCAAAACUUCUACUUUUCAUACACUUUUCGACCAAAUGGUACACAGGCAUCUCAAAUUGUGGCAAAAGCCAAUGUUCGAUUGAUUCGAAACAAGUUGGUGGAUGAAGUUCAUCAAACAUUCAAUUCGUGGUUAAGUCAAGUGAUUCGAAUUUAUAAAGCGGAAAAUUAUGCAGAACUGCAUUGGGUGGUCGGUCCAAUUGAUGUUGAUCAUGAAAUCAUCACGAAGUUUGAUACUGAUAUCAAAUCGAAUGGAGUUUUCUUCACCGAUUCAAAUGGCCGUCAAACGAUGAAAAGAAAACUUAACCAUCGUGAUACAUGGAAUUUAACGUUGUCAGAACCAACCGCUAGCAAUUACUACCCAAUCCAAUCGAAAAUUGCUAUUGAAGACAACACCCGUCGAUUUGCCAUUCUGACCGAUCGCUCACAAGGUGGAAGCAGCUUGAAAGAUGGAUCGAUUGAAUUAAUGGUUCACCGACGUUUAAGUAUAGAUGAAAGCCCUACAUUUGGUAAAACUUCAAACGAUAUGGCCGGGAAUGGACGAGCUGCACGAGGUACACAUUACUUUGUGUUUGGAUCAAAAAAAAUCGCGACAAAAGCAUCAACAGAAGCAAACGAACGGUUUAUUCAGCGACAAAUGUUUUUGUCGAGCUGGUUGUUUUUCAGUAAUAUGCGUCACUUAAGUUACGAUUUAUGGAGGAAAUCGUAUGAAAAUACGUUCUCUGGAAUGUCAAUUUCAUUCCCCAAAAACGUAAAUUUACUUACAUGUGAGCCGUUGGGACCCAAUUCUAUACUAAUUCGUUUCGAGCAUAUUUUUGAGGAGAAUGAAGACAAAUUCUACUCUCGACCAGUGUCUUUUAAUCUUCGGAAUGUGUUCACAACGUUUGAUGUGACAUCGAUUCGUGAAACAACACUCGCAGCUAAUCAAUGGUUGGAAGAAUCGAAACGAUUAUCAUUCAGUACUGAAACUAGUGACGCGAAUAAAAUAAACACAGAGCGAGAAAUUGAUGCGAAACCAAAUGAUGAUGACUUCGAGAUUUCAUUGAAACCGAUGGAAAUUCGAACUUUCAUUGUCGAAUUCGAAUGGAGGACGUAAACCGUUGAGAUUUCGACUUUGGGCCACAACGUACAAUUUUAUUUAGAAGGCCAAAUGUCGCUUUCUGAAAUUGAACUGAUUGAAUUUGAACAACUUUAUUACACGAAAUUUGUUUUAUGUUUUAUUUGAAUACUUGACAUAAUAAAUAAUUAAUUCAAUGGAGAAA